UAUUUAGUUUAUUUAUAUAUACAUUUUAUUUUUAAUGUUCUUUUUUGUUAUAGCACCUUGUAUAUUGCGUAUGCUGCAGUAUGUAUUAAAAGAAGAAAUUUUUCUAGAAGGUAUAAAAGUAUACAUGAAAAAACAAUGGAGUAAUUUAGAUGAUUUCUGGGAUCUGAUGCAAUCUGUUUUGGAUAAACAGCAGAAUACGGACAGAGGAUAUAUUUCUUUGAAAAACCUGAUGGAUCCUUGGGUAAAGAAAAAGCAAUACCCUGUUCUUAAAUCACACACAGAGCUUAAUAGCAAUAUGAAGAAACUUAAUGUAAUAAUGGAAAAUAUGUCUGGAACAUUCAAAAUACCAGUGACAUACAUUAGGCUACCAAAACCUAAUUUCCAUAAUAUUUUACCAAAGUUUUGGAUAUACUUUAAAAGUGUAGUAAGACUGACAUUUGUGUUCCCAUAUGUUACAUGGUUGCUACUUAAUCUGCAACAGACUGGAUAUUAUCGUGUAAAUUAUCAAAAAAAUGACUUGUUAGAAAUUGGAGGAUAUCUUCAUACCAAGAAUUAUACGAAUAUUCAUGUCCUCAAUCGUGCUCAAAUCAUUGAUGAUACGUUUCAUUUUGUAACAACAGGCGAAUUUGAUUCACCUGCCACAUUCUGGUAUCUUGUAGCAUACUUACAUCAAGAAUUAGAUUAUAUAGCAUGGUAUCCCAUGUUUAAAGCUAUGGAACGUAUGUCAUUCAUUAUACCGUUUAAUGAAAGUAUUCAUUUCAAGACAAAAAUACUCGGCCUAUUGCGUCCACUCCUCCAAAAAAUAGGUUACGAGGAGUUCAACAUUGAUGAAGACGAUCUCACUAAAUGUUUAAAGCAGGAAGCUGUAAAAUGGGCAUGUGUUCUUGGUGAUAUUGAAUGUAAGAAAAUGGCUGAGAGAAAAUUGGAAUGGCAUUUAUCGAAUAAGACAAGUAACUAUCUUUUACCAUGGUGGAGAAAAUGGACAUAUUGUAAUGGUUUGUCGAUAUCUACAACUUCUUUUUCGAAAGUGUUUCAUAAUUUGAAUGACAUUUUUGAAACGAAUAAUUCGAAAAUAUUAGAAUAUUUGGCCUGCACUAAUAAAACUUCUGAUAUUCAACUUGCUGUAUUAGGCAAAAAUCUUUCUUCAGAAAAUAAUCCAAGAAAAAAUAUUAUUGUUAGAAACUGCAUUAGCGUAUUCUUUGAUGUUAUUCUGAGACAUGCUAAAGACAAGUUACUUCACGUCAUAAUAAGCCAUUGGGAAAAAUUAAACUAAAAGAAAUUAAUGAAAUUGCAAUCUUAAUAACUAUCAUAAAUAAUGCUUAUUCUGAGGCACAACUUACUGAGGUAAAUAUUAUUAAACAUAAUAUUUUUAUUAAAUUCUCUUA